GGGGACGCCGGUGACCCUGGGAGGAGCCUCCUCCUCGCCACAUCCCGGCACUGCCUCGGGGCUGAUGCUCCUGUGUCUCAGGAUCCGGCGGCGCCGUGACUCGGGCGGCUCCUCCGAUGGCGCGCGUGGCUGGCUGAAGGCCAAGCGCUCAGCGCUGACGGAGUGCCAGGACACCGGCAGGUUUGCCGGGAGGCGCCGCCAUCCAUCUCCCGGCGGCUCUGGCUCCUUCCCGGGGGCCUCGCACAGGUGAGGCGGCGUUCCCGCCCCGGGGAUGGGUGCUGGCGGGUCUAGCUGGGAGAGGCGUCUCCAGUGGUGCUGACGCCCGCUUUUCCCCAUGGCUGCUCCUAGGGCAGGUUCUUGGCAGGCGACCGGCAGCGGAGCGCCGCGUGGGCCGUGAUGGCGGGCUGGUUUCAGCGGCUGCUGCGGAGGCCCAAGCAGAGCUCAGGCUCUGCAGAGAGCAGCCUCAGCACCACCACCCAGCACCCUCCAUCGCCGGCUGCUUCCUCCUCCUCUUCCUCCUCCUCCUCUUCCUGCUGCUCCUCGGUGGGGGCUGACAUCAACGGGCCGAGCAGUGCCCGCUGGGCCAAGAGCUACGACGCGUGCAUCUGCCACAGCGAGGGGGACCUGGAGUUGGCGGAGGAGCUGGUGACCUACCUGGAGAGCCGUCCCGAGGGCUUCCGCUGCUUCCUGCAGCCGCGCGACACCGUGCCAGGCAUGGCCAUCGUGACAGAGCUGUGCGACGCCGUGCGCAGCAGCCACUGCUGGGUCAUGCUCAUCACCCCCAGCUUCCUGCGGGACCCUUGGUGCAAGUACCAGAUGCACCAGGCCCUGGCAGAGGCACCCGCCGCCAACGGGCGCACCAUCCCUGUGGUGAAGGACGUUGAGCGUGAGGACUACCCCAAGGAGCUGCGCAGCCUCUACUACAUCCGCGCGGCCCUCAAGGAGCGCACCUUCCACCAGAUCGGCGACACUGUCCGGCGCUACCUCCAGGAGCUGUGCCGGAGCUCGACGAGCGGCACGGACUGAGGCGGCCCGGCCGGCCGGGAAGCCGCCCCGGCGGGAGAAGCGAGGCCGGAGGCGGAAGGCAGCCGCGGCGGGGAGCCGAGCGUCGCGGCCCUGCUUGUCGGCAGGCGCGUUGCACGGGAAGGCGCAAGUUUCGGGUUUGAACCUAAGCCCGUGCUGGGGGUGGGGGGCGCUGGGGCCGCCCCGCGGCGCCGGGCCGGCAGGGGGCGCGCUCGGCUCGGC